UCCGACAGUUUGCUCUCUGGCGCUCGGGAAGCGGAGCUUCCGCCGCUCCCGAGCAUGGGAUGGAUGAGCCCUGCGAGCGCGACUCCUGCUCGGCUGCCACCGGCAUAAAAGAAGGAGCGGGUCGGGAUCCCUGGAACGCACCGCUGGAUUUGCUGCAGAGCGGCCAGAUGGGUAACAAGAGCAACGUGUCCUUCCUGCAGCUCUUCAAGAACCUCAACUUGGAGCGAGCCGAUGGGAUGCAAGGAGACAGCUCCGACGUGGUGCGGAUUGUCAUCUCCCUGGUGUACUCUGUAGUGUGCGCCCUGGGACUGGUGGGCAACCUGCUGGUUCUCUACCUGAUGAAGAGCAAGCAAGGCUGGAGGAAGUCCUCCAUCAACCUCUUUGUGACCAGCCUGGCUGUGACUGACUUCCAGUUUGUGCUGACCUUACCCUUCUGGGCUGUGGAGAAUGCCCUAGAUUUCAACUGGCUCUUCGGCAAAGCUAUGUGUAAGAUUGUCUCCUAUGUGACAGCCAUGAACAUGUAUGCCAGUGUCUUCUUUCUCACUGCCAUGAGUGUGGCUCGAUAUCGCUCUGUGGCUUCAGCCUUGAAGAACCAGGGGCGAGGUGACCCUCUGGGUGGCUGCUGCUCUGCCAAGUGGCUCUGUGUACUCAUCUGGUUGUUGGCAAUCCUGGCUUCUCUGCCUCAAGCCAUUUUUUCCACCACUGCCACCGUCUUUGAUGAUGUCCUCUGCCUUGUAAAGUUCCCUGAGGGCCGAGGAAGCAAUGCACAGUUCUGGCUAGGUCUGUACCAAACCCAAAAGGUGCUGCUGGGCUUCGUGCUGCCUCUGGCCAUUAUCAGCCUCUGCUACUUGCUCCUGGUGCGCUUCAUCAGUGAUAAGCAUGUUGGCAGCACCUGCAGUGGUCCCAGCACUAAACGCCGCUCUAAAGUGACCAAGUCAGUGUCCAUUGUGGUGCUGUCAUUCUUCUUGUGCUGGCUGCCCAACCAAGCGCUCACAACGUGGGGCAUUCUCAUCAAGCUCAAUGUGGUGCACUUCAGUGCUGAGUACUUCCUCUCACAGGUGUACCUCUUCCCCAUCAGUGUGUGCCUGGCACACUCUAACAGCUGCCUCAACCCCAUCCUCUACUGCCUGAUGCGCAGGGAGUUCCGCAAGGCACUGAAGAACCUUCUCUGGAGGAUCACGUCACCUUCUCUCACCACCAUGCGUCCUUUCACCGAUACCACCAAGCCAGAGCAGGAGGAGCAAGCCCUGCACGACUUGGUGCCUGUCCACCCUGUUGCACCUUCCUCUGCAGCUGCAGCUGUCCAGCCAGAGCUGGCUUACUACCCGCCUGGGGUGGUGGUGUACAGCAGCCGAUGUGACAUGCUGCCCGCUGCCUCCAGGGAGCAACACUACUGAGAUGGCCAUGGGGAGGGGACUGGGAGGGGGUUCUGUGCAGGAUGUGGCCCUGGGACAUUGAAUGCCUGUUAGGAUCAAGGGAAGGUGAGAUAGGUGGACAAGGGUGGGAGAAACUUUUCUGGAGUUGUCUGCUCUUGGAAGCUGUGUGACAAAAAUUAUCUUGAAAGUGUGCCCCAGAAUGGAGAACAGGAGGAGGAAGGGAUGUUGUGGUGUGCCAGGGAUCAGGAGGUCUCUCAGAGAUGCAUUUCAUUACUUGCAUUUGUCCUGGCUCCUGCUGGAGCUCUGGCUGUGGGGUCAGCCAGUGAGGGUAAGGCUUGUUGGGGUGAAGCAAGACUGUUUCCACAACAUCAGCUGUGCUCAUGCUCAUGGCAUGAGCAUGAAGGGGCCAGGACAAGCAGGUAUAGGGCUCCUGCUUGUUCAGGCUCAGCUCUUUUCUCCCUUCCCAGGGACCAACCAAGAGGGGAGAAGGAGCGCUGUGCUUCUCUUUGGAUAGUUGCAGGAUCUUCUUUUGUGGCUUCCUCAUCCCAUCUGCUGCUACCGGCAUACAAAGCAGGAUGACAGAUCCUGGACAGUGAAGGAGAAAGCCUGGGACAGGACUUGCAGCUUCACAAAGAGGGGUUGCUUUGGUUGGGUUUGGAGGGAAGGGAAUUGCACCCUACCACCUCCUAACAUCGUGUUCCCCAGCUCUGCUGAAGCAGGAAACCUGCAGGCCCAGCUCCAAGGCAGGCUUCUGUCCAGGCAUAUGGAGGCUGCAAGUUCUGCUCUGUGCCUCAGAUUGUUGGGCAGUUCACUCCAGGAGAUCAGCACAAUUGUAAAUAAAGGAGAAAAAGGGGAAAAAUCUACUUCAAACUGUUUGCUCCAGGAUACUUCUUAUUUCAGCUAAAACAAAUCACAAAGUUUUGUGGGAUCUGCAAUGAUACUUGCCAGUGUUUCAGUUAACUCAAUCUCAAAUCCUAAAGUGUGAGAAGCCCAAGAAGCUGCAGUUCAGCACCCCAGAAAAGGGCAGAAAUUUUCUGUCCCAACCAGUGUUCUGAAGAAAUUGGGAUUUAUCUGAAAUGAACUUGUAAAAGCAUUUAAAAAAAAAAUAACAAAAAAAAAAAAAAAAAAAACUGUUCCAAGCUGUGAAACUUCUUAU